CCAGCUACACGAAAUGCCUCAACCGAUUGAAAUAGAUGGAUUCGUUAGCAGAAUAGCCCUCGACGUUAUUGCUUGCUGCUUAUUUGAAACUACAAGCGAGUUUAUGGAGAAGAAUCGAGAGGAAAUUUUGCAGUACGCCGAAGGAUUUUGGAAGCUUUCCACGUCAGAGGCAUUUAUGCGAUUAAUGGUAAUUUUGUUGCCGAAUAUGGUAUUGGGGACAAAAAUCAAGACAAUGUCCGAUAAAAAAAAGAAUUUGUUUUUAAGUAAAGUUGCUGCAAUUCUGCAAGAAGGGCGUCAUGAAGAAUACAAUUUUAUGCGUAUGUUACAAGCCGAAAGCGAUGACUUGGCUCUAGAAAACGUAGCGGCUAACUGGUGGAUUUUUUUUAUCGCUGGUUAUAGAACUAUCGCGUCCAUAAUCAUAUUUUGCCUCUACGAGUUAGCGAUGAAUCAAAGUUACCUAAUGCUAUUGGUCACAUGAGGUUUUUAGAUCAGUGUCCUAAAGGUAAACAUUAUUUUAAUCCUUAAGUAAAGCUUAUCUAUUGUACUCUACCAGAAACAUUGCGAAAGUAUCCAGCGUCCACAAUGAUACGAAGACAAUGCACUAAGGAAUACAGAGUUGUCGGAACUUCCCUAACCUUAAACAGGGGAGAUAACGUGUAUAUUUCAACUUUAGGAAUCCACAGUGAUCCGAAUCUAUACCCCGAUCCUGAAAAAUUUCUACCGGAAAGAUUUGCUGAAGGACACUCACGGCAUCCAUGCGCCUAUAUUCCGUUCGGAGCUGGUCCUCGUUCCUGCAUGGGUCAACGAUUCGCAUUCAUGGAAGCUAAAAUUGUGGUGGCAAAGAUUUUGAAAGAUUUUCACAUAAGUGUGAACGAUAUUACCGAUUCGGAACCCUUACCAAUGGAUCCCAAAGCGUUUGAGUUACAAACUGCAAACGGAAUUUGGAUGAAUUUUCAAAAGAAAUCAAGUAUUCGAUAAGCAGUUUAGGGGGAAAUUGUGAUAAUUGUAAGCUAGUGCGGCUUAUCUGACCGCGUCAUACAAGAAGCGAUUUGAUCUUCUUCCAUCAGAGCUGAAUUUAUGUUUAUUGUACACAAACAAUCCUAACAAGUGCAUAAAAAAGGAAGACGCCUAUUGAUAACCACAGCUUUUCU